AUGGAGUUUAAGGUGGGUGAUAUGGUUAUUUUGAAAGUGUCGCCUUGGAAGGGUAUCAUUCAUUUUGGUAAGCGUGGUAAGCUGAGUCCUCGUUUUAUUGGACCAUUUAAAGUCUUGGAGCGAGUCAAUCAACAAGCUUAUAGAUUGGAUCUUCCUCCUGAGUUGGAUGGUAUUCAUAACACUUUCCAUGUGUGUUAUUUGAGGAAGUGUUUAGCAGAAGAGAUGAGUGUAAUUCCUUUGGAAGAUAUUAGCAUUGAUCCAAGGAAAAAGAUGGUGGAUGAACCGGUUGAGAUUCUUGGCCGGAAACAAAAGAAGCUUCGUAGAAAGGUAAUUGAUCUUGUGUUGAUUAAAUGGAGGCACAAUAAGGGUGAGAGCAUGACGUGGGAGACUGAAGCUGUGAUAAGGGAUCGUUACCCGCAUUUAUUUGUUGCUGAGUAG